AUGUAUCGAUUUCGAAUAAUAUAUUUACUCGGCGUCUUCUUUUUUCAUUUUUUUGAAUCAUUUUUAUUUCCUUCUUUAAUUAUUUCUUUACUUCUUUUCUUUUUCUUUUUCUCUUUUUCGUUUUCAGUCUUUUCUAUGUCUUUUAUCUUCCUUAUCCUUUCUCUUCGCGUUUCUCAUCUUUUUUUCUUUUUUUAUUCUUUUUUUUUUUUCAUUCAUUCUUGUUUGGUUCUGUUCCUUUCCUUACCGUUUUCUCGCAUUUUUUUUCACCUUUUUUUUAUUCUCUCUUUUUCUUUUUUCUUUCGUUCUUUUCUUAUUCUUCUUCAUAUUUCCUUCUUUCUUCUGUUAAUCUUUUGUUGUCUUUUCUUUUUCGUUCUUUUCGUUUACUUUUCUCUUUUACUCUUUUUUUCUCCAAUUUUCUCUCUUUUUUAUUUUCUUUUCUUUUUGCUUUAUUUUUUAUUUUUUCUCACUUUUUCUUUUUUUUUUCUUUGUCUUUUUAAUAUUUCUUUUCUUGCUUUUUUGUUUCUUCUUAAUUUCUUCCAUUUCUAUUCUUUUUUAUUCCUUUCAAUUUCAUCGUUUUUUCCUGCCUUGUCUGUUUUUUUUUGUUCUUUCUUCCUUUAUUUUCUUUCUUUUUUCUCUUAUAGCUGUUUUCCUUUUCUUCUUUCUUUCCUUUUUCUACUCUCUUUCUUUCUUUCUUGUCUCUAUAUUUUCUACAUUUUUCUGUUCUAUGUUUUCUCCUUAUUUCGUUCUCUUUUUCCGUCAAUUUUUCGAUUUUCUAUUACCAUUUACUUUUAUUUAUUUCUUUGUAAUAAUUUUCUUUCUGUAUAA